UUUUUUUCGUUUUUUUUUUUUUUUUUUUNAUAAUGCCGCCUCCUUUUUCUGGUUCAACGUGUUCUUCUUCUGAUUUGAUUCACCCGCCAUUAAACCCUGAAUCUAAUAUCGUCGCCAUUAACGUUGGUGGCCAUUUCUUUCAAACUACCAAGCAAACCCUAGCCCUAGCCGGUUCCAAAUCUCUGUUAUCAACGCUCUUCGAUUCAUCGCAAUCCGAUGUGCCGUUUAUCGAUCGAGAUCCCGAUCUCUUUUCUCUCAUACUUUCGCUUCUCAGAACGGGUUACCUUCCGUCUAAAGCCAAGGCGUUUGAUCUGCAAGACCUAAUUUCGGAGUCGCAGUUCUAUGGAAUCGAAUCGCUUUUGAUCAAUUCUUUGUCUAAUCCUUCCCAAUUUGAAGCUUUCAACCUUGAGAAAUCGCUGAUUUUGCCCCUCAAUGGCCGAGAUCCUCCGGCGGCGAUUACGACGACACCGUUUGGAUCGGUCCACGUCGCUCACGGCGGCAAGAUCACCUCCUUUGAUUGGUCGCUUCAGAGGAAGACGACGAUUCUGACGCAAUUCUCAGCGAUCGAUUCCCUUCUAGCGUUGUCGCCUUCGGUGGCCGCUGCCGGUGCCACCGAUUUCUCUGGACUGCAAGUCCUCGAUCUCGAUACCGGCCACGUGAGAACGAUUCUUAAUUGGGAGAACGUGACUCGAUCAAGUUCCACCGUGCAAGCCAUUGGAGCCUCCUCUCAAUUUCUCUUCACCAGCUUCGAAUCAGGCAGAAGAAACUCAAAUUCCAUUAUGAUAUACGAUUUACAAACCUUCAGUCCCGUUAAUGAAAUUGGCCACAAUGAGAUCUUCGGAGCGGAUAUCGACUCAGCAAUCCCAGCCACAAUGUUGAAUUGGGUUGCAGGUUAUAAUUUGUUAAUGGCUUCUGGGUCUCACAGUGGACCUUCUGGUGUACAGGGCAACAUCAAAUUUUGGGACAUUAGAACAGGAAACAUAGCUUGGGAGCUGAAGGAGAAAGUGGACUGUUUCUCAGACAUGACAAUAUCUGAGAACCUGUCUGCCAUUUUCAAGAUUGGUGUGAGCUCUGGUGAAGUUUACAGUGCAGAUUUGAGGAAGCUUGGAGAUGGGAAUCCAUGGAUCCUCCUAGGGGACAGGAUGAAGGUGGUGAAUGGGAAGAAGGCAGGGGCUGGGGGGAAGAUUGAGAGUUAUGGAAAUCAGGUGUUUUGUAGCAGAGAAGGAGGGAUCAUAGAGUUGUGGUCAGAAGUAGCAGUUGAAAAUGGAGGAAGCAAGGAAGGAGGAUUAAGGUUAGAGGAGAGAGUUUUUAGGAAGAAUGUGAUGGGGAGAGUGAAGGAUUUGGGAGGUGGGAGAGUGACCAAAUUGGCAUUUGGAGGGAAUAAGAUGUUCGUGACAAGAAAAGACCAGCAAUCUGUGGAGGUUUGGCAGAGUACAAAUAAGCGUCCGUCUUAGAUUGAAUCAAAGUGGUAGAUAUUGAUGAUGCAAGAGGGAACAAUUCUCCAUUACAACACAUAAUAGAAAACUUAAUUUACACACAAAUUCAUGUCAGUCGUCGUCCUGAAGGACCAAAUAAGCAAACAAAA